GCUCACAUUUUUCCGAUUAUGAGUUCCUUCCUCCUCCUCCUCUUCCCCUAAUUCCCCCAAAACCGAAUCUCCAAUCGAAUAUUCCGGUGAUGCCUUACCUCGUCCGUGAGAAUCUCCUCAUCGGAAACAUCGGCGACGCGGCGGAGGUUCUCCAAACCGGCACCGUCGACAACCACCACGUCACCCACGUCCUCUCCGUCCUCAGCUCCGCCUCCGUCUCCUUCUUCUCCGAAUGGCGCACCGGCUUCUCCGUCCCCGUCAAGGAGAUCAGUAAACUCCACGUCGCUGAUGUCGACUCCGCCGGCGGGAAAACUGCUCUCUCCCCUGAGAAGCUCCUCUACUCGCUUGAGUACGCCGGACACGACCUCAAGCUUGUUCGCAUGGCGGUUCCUCUUAGAGAUACCGAGAGCGAGGACUUGCUUGAUUACCUCGAGGUUUGCGUCGAUUUCGUUGAUCGGAGUAGGAAGGAAGGUGGAAAGGUUUUGGUUCACUGCUUCGCCGGAGUUUCUAGAAGUGCGGCGGUGAUAACAGCUUAUUUGAUGAAAACGGAGAAUCUGUCACAAGAAGAUGCGCUUGAAUCGUUAAGGCAGAAGUGUGAAUUUGUUUGUCCCAAUGAUGGUUUUCUAGAGCAGUUGAAAAUGUUUGAGGAGAUGGGAUUCAAGGUUGAUCAAUCCAGCCCUAUAUACAAGCGCUUUCGUUUAAAAGUACUAGGCGAGAGUCAUUUCUCAGGGCUGAGGAUAGACAGUUCUAAACUUGGUGAAGAUCCAGGCAUGCCUGUUGAAAAUUCUCCAGAGGUACAAGAACCUGUCAAAGUAGAAAAUAACCGUAGCCCUACAUAUCGUUGUAAGAAGUGCCGACGGAUUGUCGCGUUGCAAGAACAUGUCGUAGAUCAUAUUCCCGGUGAGGGCGAGACGUCCUUUGGGUGGCACAAGCGGAGAAGUGGGAACCCUUUUAACAAGUCUAAUGAAUCUGAGUGUUCGUCCAUAUUUAUUGAGCCUCUAAGAUGGAUGAAAGCUGUUGAGGAAGGCGCGUUGGAGGGAAAACUGUCCUGUGUUCACUGUGAUGCCCGUUUGGGAUACUUCAAUUGGGCAGGCAUACAGUGCAGCUGCGGAAGCUGGAUAACCCCAGCUUUUCAACUCCACCAAAGCCGGGUAGAUAUAAGCCGUGUAUAACCCUUGUUGCGCCACGUUAUGCAUAUCUAUCGUUUCUCAAUACGGGAUGCCACUUUGUAUUUUUUCCUUUGUUAUUGGACUUGUGUUCUGCUCAAGCUUUCCAAGCUGGUCAUUGCAAAUGAAGUUAUGGAAUGAAGGAUUGAAGUCUUGUUCCUUGGACCUGCUCAAGUUUUCCAGGUUGAGCCGCAAUGCAGUUAUGGAAGAGAAGAUUGUAGUCUUGCAUUAUUUUUGCUUCUUCCAAAAUGACAUUUUGGAGCUAUAAUUGGAGGUUAAGAAUUAUGGAUUUCUAGUAAAUUAUGAGGAGUUGGGUUUCCACUAGGGCUAGUACCCGCCAUGAUUUUACCUGCAAGUAAAGGAUGUUAUUUUAUACGAAAGAAAAAAGGAGUGUUCUCCUUUGUACCUUUUUUUGUCUGCUGAUUUCUCUCUUCAGCAGGAAGAGUCUGCUACAUGUUGAAUCGAGAAAAGUGUAUGAAUCUAUAACUAUUUCAUGCGUUAAUACAUCCACAAUGGCCUGAUACUGACAUUUUAUGCCAAA